AAAUGGAUGGUGAAAAAGGAGGUGAGGGAAAAAUGGGGUACGAAUGUACACCCAAAACCCAAAAGAAGUGCCUUUUAUGGCAAAACCCCGCCAGUAUUUUUUGGGGUGAGAGUGGCAAAGUUCCGGUGCUUGCAUGCCGCAGCAAUUCGCUCAAGAACCGACUUCAGCUCACCCGGAAUCGGCAGCUGCUCUGACAUCUUCUUCGAAGGCGAUGAUGGAAGAUAUGUGCUCUGCGGAGGAAGUGGUCCAGGCCUUGCUCGACCAUUUCGUCGAGCCUUUCUUACCCAGCUUUCAUACUGGACAAGCUCCCACUCCUUCCCAGCAUCAGGCCGUUGCCAGACAGAUGCAUGCUGUAGUGUUGCUCUACAACUAUUUUCAUAGGAAGCAAUAUCGUGAACAUGCAUUCCUUGACUUCAUGUCGUUUUGUAAGUUGGCGAUUGUAUUGAAACCAAGCUUGAUGGCUUACAUGAAACUUAUGGAUCAAGUGGAUUGUUCUAUGAUGGAUGAUUUCGAGAGUAAACUUUCACAAACAGAAGAGGCUAUUUUCAAUGCAUGCAACAUAUCCUCAGCCCUGGAUGCAUCAAAAAAUGUCCCAGUUACAGGUGAUUGGCCAGUGUCUAAAGUUGCUGUCUUCUUAGUGAACUCAGGGAAGGAAAAGUGCAUGCUAUUGGAUACCAAUGGGGUUAUAUCUGUGAUUGAGAAAGAUCUGGAGGUUUCUUCUGAUUCCAGUGUUGGUGCACAUGAUCCUCUGGAGUUGAAAUGUGGAAGAAAACAGAAAGGAGCUGCAGAAGUAUUAUUGAAUGGCACUGAAAAUAAUAAUGCUGACGCUAGGCUUUUGGAUUGGGCUUUUUUUGCUGUUGAAAGUGUGGCAGCCAUCAACAGAAGUGAUCUAGUGGUUCUAGAGAGCCAUAUUGUAUAUUCUUUAAAUAAACCAAAGACUGCUGCUCGCUUAUAUCUAAUGCAAAGCACUCAAUGUAACAAUGAUGACAUUCAAGUUCAUAUCAAGGAUAUCAUUCAAAGCUUGCAAGGUCCCCUGGUCAAGAGGAGCUUGCAUGGAUGGAUGGUAACCCCGCAAGUCAAGUAUUUCCAUAUGCUACCUUACAUGGAAGCUUUGUCUGACUGGGUCUCUAGGGAAGUGCCAUCAAAUGGUUUGCUCAAUCAAAAGUUGGAUUUGAUUCUUCUCCCUUCAACCAAUGAUCAAACGGUGGUGAAAAUUUGUGGAAAGUUGAUUCCUCAAGUUGGUGGUAACUCCAACCGUGAUGACGUUGGAGAGAAAUCACUUUCCGUCAAUCCUGAAAGCAGAAGUAACAAAUUAGCAAGAAAGAAUGAUAGUAGGGAAUUUCAAACUGUUAAUAUCUCUGAGCAAGUUGAUGGACCUGUGCAAAUGGAUGUGCAUGACCCACAUGCAGUUUUCUCCAAGAAAGAAAGCGAAAGCCAAAACAGUCAAAGUGGUGUUAAAGUUUAUCAUCGAUCAAAGAAAAACUCACCUUUAAAAGAGGAUCAUAGAUGUGCCUUAUCAGCUGAUUUUGUUACUGAGGAAGUUGCAGCUAAACAUGCAUCGAAACCUAUUGAUGGUGGAUGUAAUAAUGACAUGCUUGGUGCUACAAAGUACAUCAGCAACCACUCACCUGUUUUCUGUUGCAUGCAAGGAAGCAGACUUACAAUGGAUAGUCCUUUACCACAAACUGAACAUCAUGGGAGGGUAGGCCUUACCAUAACCCCUGGAAAGCCACCGCCUCAAGCUGCUUCGAGUCUACUUUACCGACUUAGGCAGAAGCUGUAUGAGCAACUAGAGUGGGUGGAAGCUGAAAUCUUGCAGUGUGAUAAGGAUAUUCAAGCUGCCUUAAAUGAAACUGGAUGAACUGUGUCAUCAGUAGAAGUGGGCAUUACCAGCACAUCGAGUCCUUCGCAGAUUGGGUUUGCUGCCAAUGCCAUUGUUAAAGGUCCGGGAUAUAUAUGCCAAAAAUAAUUACUACUUUGCAGUAGUUAGCUUUGUACCCUUGUUAAAUAGAGCUUUGAAUGGCUAAGACAUGCUGUAAAAUUUCUGCAAUAUGCCUACCAAAAGUGCACUUCUUUACCUAUCUUACCAAUGGCAUGAUACACUAUAAGUAUAUGAUUUGGAUGUUUAGUAUUUUCCAUGGAAUCACUUUUCGGUGGAAAUCUAAAUCCCACCAUCUCCACGAAAGGUUUUCGCUUUGAUUUCAUGAAGAUUAUUAAAAGUAUUGAAUCCUAAAAAAUUAGUUAUGAUUUGUUUAAAUGAAAAGCUGUAUUUUGG